AUGGAAAAGGAUCAGAUAAAAUUACAGGAGGAACCAGUAGUUCACUCCCAAUCAAAUGUAUAUUCUGAAAAAGGAAACGAAGUAUUUAAUCAAUCAUCACGCGAAGGUCUUUCGUCAAAUGAGGAAGUGUCAAACGACAUUAUAACAGAAGAAGACGAAGGACGAGAACCUACGGAAUGGGAAAUGAAAAAUUUGAAACAUGUUGGUGAGCGUAUUCCUUAUUCUGCCUGGUUAGUUGCAGUUGUUGAAUUAGCCGAAAGAUUUUCUUAUUACGGAUUAUCGGCACCAUUUCAAAAUUAUAUGCAAAAUGGUCCUGACGACAAACCUGCUGGGUUAUUGAGCUUGAAACAACAAGGUGCAACUGCCUUGUCAUAUUUUUUCCAGUUUUGGUGUUAUGUUACACCAAUUUGGGGUGGGUACAUUUCAGAUGCAAAACUCGGACGUUUUGCAACUAUUCAUUAUGCUUGUUACAUCUAUAUCGUUGGAAUCUUUUUGUUAUUUAUUACCUCAGUGCCUAGUAUAACAAGUAGAAACACUGCUCUUGGUGGUUUCAUUGCUGCUAUCGUUCUCAUUGGUAUUGCAACAGGAAUGAUUAAAUCAAAUGUUUCUCCAUUAAUUGCUGAUCAAAUCCCAAAAACAAAACCAAGAAUCUCCAUUAGGAAAGGUAAAAAAGUUAUCAUUGACCCAAGUCUCACUAUUCAAUCUAUUUUCCUUACUUUUUAUAUGUGUAUCAAUAUUGGGCUGUUGCUGGUAAUGGCAACUACUGAAUUGGAGUUGCAUGUUGGGUUCUGGGCAGCUUACUUGCUUCCAUUUUGUUUCUUUUUUAUUGCUCUUUUUGCCUUGUUUUUGGGGAGAAAGAAAUACAUUAGAAUACCUGUUGGUGACAAAAUUAUUGCAAAGACAUUUAGGUGUGCUUGGAUAGCAGUCACAUCCGGUUUCAAAUUUGACGAAGCUAAACCCUCGGUGCAUCCUGAAAAAGAUUACCCAUGGAGUGAUCACUUUGUGGAAGAGGUCAAGAGAGCUCUUUAUGCUUGUAAAGUGUUUGUAUUUUAUCCAGUUUAUUGGGUCGUUUAUGGUCAAAUGUUAAACAACUUUGUUUCACAAGCAGGUUCAAUGAGAGCUCACAACUUACCAAAUGAUUUCUUGCAAGUAUUUGAUUCAAUUUCGAUCAUUGUGUUUAUUCCAAUAAUGGAAAGGUUUGUCUACCCAUUUAUUAGAAGAUUUACACCACUUAAACCAAUUUCAAAAAUCUUUUGGGGAUUUAUGUUUGGAACAGGUGCAAUGGUUUAUGCAGCUGUUUUGCAGCAUUUUAUUUACAAGACUGGACCUUGUUACUAUGAACCAGGUAAAUGUGCUGCACAAGAUGAAACAGAGCCAGGAAACAAUGUACAUGUUGCGAUCCAAGUGCCUGCUUAUUGUUUAAUUGCCAUGUCUGAAAUUCUUGCUUCUGUAACUGGGUUAGAAUACGCAUACACAAAGGCACCAGUAUCAAUGAAAUCAUUCAUUAUGGCAAUCUUUUUAUUCACAAACGCAGUGGGUGCAGCCAUUGGUAUUGCUCUUUCCUCAGUAAGUGUUGAUCCAAAGAUGGUUUGGACCUUCUCCGGUUUGGCUGUGUCCUGUUUUAUUGCCGGAAUCUUGUUUUGGUUCAUCUAUAGAAGCUACAACGCAAAGGAAGAAGAAUGGAAUGAACUAGAAUAUGAAAAUGAGUUGGAAUUGGAUGCACUGGCGCAUAUAAGACCCGUUCAAUCCCCAGCUUCAAUUACAGGCCUAGAAAACGGUACUUUGAAUCCAAUUCGGUCGUUGAUUCAUUCAGUGAAAAGCGCCUCUUAA